AUGGCGUCCGGCGUGUCGCCGAGCAUGGCGCUCGCGCUGGCGGGCUUCUGCUUCAGCCUCAUGUUCAUCGCCUUCGUCUGCUCCCGCCUCGCCUGCGCGCUCCUCCGCCGCCACCGCCGCCGCGCCCGCUCACGCCUCGCCGCCGCCCUCCCGCGGUACGCGGUGGACUACACCUUCGCCGUCGUCCAGGUCCUCCACCCCACGGCCGGUGCCGCCGCUACCGCCGCCGUCGGCGGCGGGGGCCUCGGUCCCGCCGCGGUCGCCGCCCUCCCCACCCGCGCCUUCGCCGCCCGACCCCGCGGCUCCGGCGCCUCCGAUGCCGAUUCACAGUGCGUCAUUUGUCUCGCAGAAUACGAAGAGGGGGAUGUGCUACGCGUUCUUCCUCACUGUGGCCAUGAUUUACACAUGGCCUGUAUAGAUUUAUGGCUGGAGCAGAACUCGACCUGCCCCGUCUGUAGAGUCUCAUUGCUCGAUAACCCUGACAGCGAGCACACUGCUCCUCCUCCUCCGCUACCCAGUGUGGUGGUGAUCAGCCCUCCAAGCUCUCCUGAACCGUCAGCAUCAGAUCCAUGCCAGUGCCUGUUUGCCGGCACCGGGCACUCGUCAAGGUUAUCAGAGGCUCCUAGACAUGAGGCCGACCAGGAGAAUCAGGUGGCAUCUAGGCCAUCGGUGGACGGGGGUGCUAACAGCAUGCCGCUGUCCGAAGUUAACCCCACUCCUGAGAAUAACAGCCAAACAGGUGAAGAAGCACCUGUACAGGGGCAGAUGGCUGGCUGGCUGCUGUAG